GUGAUAAUGUGCGAAUUAUGAAUGGAUUGAUUUUAAAUAGUAUGUCAUCUUCAUUGAUAAUUUUUAUUCAUAUCGGAGCGAUGGAAUUGCAUUAAUUAACAAGAAGUUUAUUGAUUGCACAUAAGCAUUUGAAAGCAUGCAUUAGAGAUGUUCGUGGAUUACAGCUAAGCUUUUGAUAAUACAAGAACGCUGGCUGAGAUUUGAAAAAAAGAACAAUGAUUAAUAACUUGGCGACCGCUGCGCGUCUCAAAGUGUCGGUGCAUGCAAAUGUUGGAUCGGGGGUUUAUCUUUCAUCACAAAUAUUUAUUCAAUACAAUUCAUUUCAACUGAUUGCUUCAAAGCUUCUUUGUUUAUCGCCUCGACAGUGUUAACAUACUGAUAUUCUGUUAAGAUCUAUAUAGCUUGCUACUUAACAACUAUGAGGUAUUUGUUAACCUAUACUUCAUAUAUCCCGGAGUAUUUCGCGUACUAAUUAUCAUUUGGGAGUGGGCCGACAAUUUGAAACACACAAGGAUAAUUUACCUAGUUAAAUCAGUUUUCAAAAUCAUAUUCGUAGCGUUAUCGUUGUUGGUAAUUCACUUACCAAUUGACCUAAAAUAUUGAAAAUAACUAAAGAAUGAACUGGAUAUACCUACUGAAAAAAUGCAAACAUAACUGUAACCAAGCAUAAAUUUAAAUAUACACUUUGGAUACAAGUAUUUUUUUUACUGAGAACUGGAAAAAUAUGUGAUAAGAAAAACAAUUAAUUCAUUUAAAAAACAAUUACCAGUUGGUGUUGUCUGGAUGUUAAGGUUGGAAUAGAAAUCAAUGAGAACAUAAGGAUAAUGAUAAUUCUAACGACUUAAGUGUGUUUACUCGUGAAUACAAGACAUAAUGGCUAGUGAGUCGAGCAGCCCGAGGGUGGGGCAGCCCCCACGGGCGCCCAUCUCCCUGGAGGGGGAACGCCGGAAGGCCAUGAAGCUCGUGUACCGAAUGGAGCGCGAAUGUGAGCAAUUUCGGGAGCGUUGGCUGCUUUUAGACAACGACGACAACACCGACGACUGGCUAGAGUUUGUGAACCUCGCAAAGAGCCGCCAUGGCGGCGCCUUCGGACAUUACCGUGACUUUGAAAAAGCGUUGAAUAGGAUUAAACAAGAAGGUGGGUUUCUUGGAAGUAGAGUGAGCGUCAUUUCUCAGCUUCAGAAGGUUUGUGAACGCGCUAAAGCCUUUGAUGAACUGUUUGAAUUAAGUUUUCAUCGAAUUGAGGAUGCGCUGAAUCAUUACAUGGCGAAAUAUUGUCUCAGUUUCUUUGCUGAGCUGGAUGAUAUGGACGUGGAUUGUGUGAGAGAGUAUGAUAAUAGUAUCACUGAAUGGCAACUUGAGAUACGUGCUUGUCUCCAGGAGGCCGAGGGAGCUAUGGAAACAAUACAUGAAUUCCUUGAUCUCGGAUUCACCGAGUAUAUCAGUUCUUACAGUCAAGUUAUCCGUGCGAUGCACGCGUCACUUGAUGCAUUAAUUGCCACGUGUGAUCCGUUCCGCAGCUGGAUCAGCGCUGAUGAAGGUUAUUUAAAAAGAAUCAGGAUCGAACUAGCUUGUCUCGAGGGCCAGAAAAACAGAAAUGCGGAGGUAUUACGCAAACAUAGCUUUAAGGUUCACGAAGAUAAGGCGAAGGGUUUAAGGACGAGCUUUAAUAACAAGAAACUGAACCAAGAAGUGCAGGGGACGGUGUCAAACCGGAAGUUCUGUCGAAAACGCGAGUUUUCCUUCGUGGACAAGAUAGAAAUUGCUGAGAACAUUCUUGAAGAGAGGCGGCUCGAGUUGGAGGAGGCUCAAAGCCGCCUUCACGCGCGGCCGCUGCACUCAUUGGUCCGAGAGCCGUCCGACGGUACAAAGGAGCGGACGGCACGCCUCCAACAGGAAGUAGGGCGGCUGGAGGGCCGCCUGCGGGGCAUGAAGCGUGGGAAGAGGGACCUUAAGGAGACACGCUACAACCUCCAGAAACAGUACCAUAAUCUUAAGGGCACGUAUGAAACGAACCUGAAGAAGGCAGCUCGCGAAAGUGAACGCUCCCGGGAGCAUGUGGAAAACGUGCGAUGGCGCGCGGAUCACGUGCGUACGCUCGACCGGAAGAUACACGCGCUCAAGCGUAUCAUCUACGUGAAGAGCCACCCGGCCACCGUGAAGAAAAUCUUCUUCGAGGGUUAUCUCCCGGGGGAGAAAAUUGACUAUAGAGGUUCUUUGAAGAGGUCGAGGAGCAACCAAGACACGUUACGUGAAGCGAUUGACGUCGCUGCAGCUGGAGUGGGUCGGGACUGGGACAAAAUGUAUCAACAACUGCCCUUUAACCCACCCCGUAACCCCUACAUGCGAAACCAGGACCUCGAACUAUUGGACAUGGAUUUCAAGAGCGUGCACCCACCGAGCGAGCAGAUGGCGCUGCGGUCCCUGGACAAGUGGAAGUCGCUCAGUAAGGUGACGUCCGUCAACGCCCUCGUGCGGACGCUCAAAUCAAUCAAGAAAGUGGACGUGGCAAAACAGAUAGAGAAGAAAGUCCUGACGGUCGUCAACUGAGGAUAUGUCGGUUCUAGUCGCCGGACUGUGACUCAAUAUCCAUGUGUUAUGAGUAUCAUACCAGUUUCGUUUUCGGAUAGGGUGAUGCUUCUCACAAUGAUGUGUUAAUCGGGCUGAGUCACUUACCAUUAAGAUGUGUGAAAUCACGUUUCUUUCACUUUUAAGAGUUUUAGUUGUAUAACAAAGUAUGGUGAUGCUCUGAAUCCAAGACUCAUCUCGUUCGUGGUCGGAUACCCACGGAUGGUGCAUUCCGUUGCUCUGCAUCCAUCACACCAUUCGGAACACAUCGGCCAUUUUCCAUCGAAAACAACCUCGGAUGUAUGCCGGCAUAUCAAUAAAAGCAGUUCGUAAAACUUAAAUACAAAUAUUAAAUAUUCAACGUGUAUUUUGUAUUACUCAGUUUAAAUGAAUUGCCAGUGAAAGGUAUUAUUGAUUAAUAAUUAAGAUUCCCAAGAGUAAAAUCGUUCUCUUUAACUGCUUUAAAUUUAAAUUAGUACGCGAUCUUAAACCGACAAUACACAUCCGAGGAUGUUUCCUGAUGGAAAAUGGUCGAGGUGUUCCGAAUGCCAUCACACUGCAGGGAAACGGGGUUUGUCCGACGACGAUCUUGUAUUGUGUGUCCCUUUAUUGGGAUGAGAAAAAUACAUGAACUAGCAUGAUUCAAACUAAAAAUAGAUAACACAUGCUACAUUCCUAUUAUGUAUGGUUAUUUGGAUAAAUACAAUCAUAUAUUUCGACUAAUCAUUACGGUGAUCCAGAAUUUCAGUUUGGAGUGGAUUUUUUGUUUACAAAUUCACUUUCACAUGACUUCAUACCUUGAGAAUAGUUUUUUGGUAACCACCCACAAGCGGAAUAAGAGGGAUGGGUGCAUCCGCCGCGCGCUCCCCUUAAAUCGUCCAAGUUCAUUUUUUAUUUCAAUAUAGGAGGAAAAAAUAAUAUACGCCCAAAAUACACCAUUUUGGACUAGAAGUUGUUUCCCUCUGCCAACACAUUAAAACAAAUCUAUUGUGUUGAGGGAAGGGCUCAAAUCAAAGGCUUUCGCUCCUAAGUUAUGCCCCCUCUAACAUCCAAGUCUGUUUUCGGCCUUGGUAGCAUUAUUUCACGAAUAACAAAACCAAUCACGAAUAUUCUUCACCGUCGGUACCAAAAUUCAAUGUUGAGUUUCAACAGAAUAUCUUUAUAUUUGAUUGUUUUAUAUUAACCUCAAUUUUACAUUUAAUUUCAUCCGACUUCGUUUAUAUUCAUUUCUUACUUUUCAGAUUAAGUAAUCCUAUGCAAUGUUAUAAAUAAGAAAAUACCUACGCAAAGUUUGAUGAUGUUAUUUAGCAUUAUUUACGAACUCGAACCAAAUGUUCAAACCCACAUCCACAAAUAUGCUAGUUCCCCCCGACAGAUCCAUUAACUAUGAUGUAAAAUCUUGAUGUCUGGCGACCACAUGUAAGUUGGUAUCGUUUGAAAGGUGUUUGCUUGUUGAAUUAAUUUUUUUUUCAAAGUUACAUUAAGUAACAGUUCCCCCAUCAUUAUUAGUAAGUAUGGGGGAGGGGGCGUGGUCAAAGGGUGUGUCAAAACAACGCACCCUGCCCCUGUGCUUUAGAUGGCCAAAUCAAUUUGUCGGAUUUUGACGUAACGUAAAAUUUUGCAAUCUCAAGUGGCCAAAACAACUUUUUUGAUAUACUACUGUAAAGAAAUACAAUUAAUUUUCCUACACACAAGAUCCUUUCAAAUGGUACCGAAACAAUGUGGUUCACAGGGCCUCCAAAUUUCACACAUAUGUUUUUCGUAUACCUCAACCGUCACUUAUGACAUACAGUGUGAUAAUGUGAAGUAAUAAUGGUGACGGUCUUUAUUAAUGUACAUGCGUGUUUAUUAAACAAAUUGUUAAUCAUUUAACGGUUCACAUUGACAAAUAAAUC